AUGGUGUCACUCCGUUUUUCUUUAUUUUUUUACCUUUUCUUUUUCAUUUCUUUCAUUAUUCUUGCUUUUCUCUUUCUUUUUUCUUCAUUCGUAACCUUCUUUUUCGGCUUCUGUUCUCAAUUCUCUUGCUUCUUUUCUUUUGUUUUUACUAUUUCUUUUUUUACUUUUUUUUUAUCUAACCUUUAUUUCUUCUUCCCGUUUUUAAGUGAUUUUUUUCCUUCAAUUUCAGCAUGGGAUUCUUUUUUCUUUCAAUCGUUGUUUGUCUUUCAAUUUUCUUCUCUAUCUUUCAUUUUCUUAUCCCGAUUUUUAGUUUCUUUCUUUUUUUCCUUUUUCUUUCUUUCUUAUCUCUCUUUCUUUUUCUUUUGCUCAGCUAUGUUCUUUACAUCCUUUUCUUUUUUUUUUUUUCUAUGUCGUCCUCCUUUUCCUGCUAUCUCUUUCCUUUUUUCUCUUCUCCCUUCUAUCACACUUUCUCUUCUUCUCCCUUUCUCUUCUUCUCCCUUUCUCUUCUUCUCCCUUCUAUCUGUUUCUCCCUUCCUCUACUUCUAUCUUUUUCCUUCUUUCUCUUCUCUUCUUUCUUUUCUUUCUUUUCUCUUCUUCAACCUUCUGACUUUUUUCCUUCUUUCUCUUCUUCUACCUCUUUUUCCUUCUUUCUCUUCUUCUAUCUCUUUCCCUCUUUCUCUCCUUCGCCCUUCUGCCUCUUUCCUUCUUUCUCUUACCUUCUCUAUUGUAUCUCUUUUUCCCUUUCUCUUCUAUCUCUUUUUCUUUUUCUUUCCUUCUCUCUUCUAUCUCUUUCUUUCUUUCUCUUCUUCACCCUUCCACUUCUUUUUCCUUCUUUCUCUUCUUCUAUCUCUUUCCUUCUUUCUCUUCUUCGCCCUUCUGUCUCUUUGCUUCUUUCUCUUCUUCUCCUUUGCAUCUCUUACUCUUCUUCUCCUUUCAUAUCUCUUUUUCUUUUUCUCCAAUUCCAGUCAAUCUCUUAUUUCUUUUGUCUUUUUAUUUUGCCUCCACACCCAACAGACUCGUUGGCUUUUCUUUCAAUUAUCUUCUCAUAGAACUCCACUAAACUCUGAGAUUUUGUCUUUCUUUAUUCCUCGAAGUAUUUCCAUGUCUGUAGCGGCAUAUGACACUUGA